ACUGAACCUAAUGGUCGGGGGUCCCUUUACCUUUACCUUUUACCACCUGCAAACUGAUGUGUGUCUUCACUGUUGCAGGGAUCUGAAGCUGGAUAAUGUUUUGCUCGAUCACGAGGGCCAUUGCAAGCUGGCUGACUUUGGAAUGUGUAAAGAAGGAAUCCGCGACGGGGUCACCACGGCGACCUUCUGUGGAACACCUGACUACAUCGCCCCAGAGAUUUUACAAGAGAUGCUGUAUGGUCCCGACGUCGACUGGUGGGCAAUGGGAGUGCUGCUCUAUGAGAUGCUCUGUGGCCACGCUCCCUUCGAAGCUGAAAACGAAGAUGACCUCUUUGAGGCCAUCCUUAAGGAUGAAAUCUCCUACCCGUCUUGGCUCCCAGAAGAUGCCGUUUCAAUUCUGAAGGCCUUCAUGACCAAGAACCCCAAAAUGCGCCUUGGCAGCAUUGCCCUGGGUGGAGAGAAUGCUAUCCUACUGCACCCAUAUUUUAAGGAAUUAGAUUGGGAUCUGCUGAACCAGCGUCAGAUAGAGCCGCCUUACCGUCCUCGAAUUAAAUCGAAAGAAGAUGUGAGCAACUUCGAUCCCGAAUUUUUAAAAGAGGAGCCAAUAUUAACUCCCAUUGAAGAAGGAAUUCUUUCUAUGAUUAACCAAGACGAAUUUAAAAACUUUUCUUACACAGACCCAGAACUAGAGUCUUCGCCACAUUUGCGGGCGUCUACUAGCCUCUCCCCCUGACAAUGAGGAACAGUGGCAAUUUAGGCCUUCCUGAAAAUUUGUCCAGCUGGGAGAUCGAAACCCAACAGCCUAAUAUUAAUGCCUCGCAGACAAAAGAAGCACUGUUAGUUUAAUAUCGGAGCAGAGGGACCGUCCUGGAAUUUUUGAAGCAGCAAGAACAAAUAUUUAUAGCAGGGCAACGAAUCCCCUUUGGUAAAUGGAUUUUGUGGAUGUGGGAAGAAGAAAUAAUUUGACCUCGUUGACUCGGGACAGCUGGCUGGGGAAUUCGACUUUGCAGUGCGUCUGGGGAGUCACCAUAAGGGUGAAAUGAACUCUGAGUCAGGCCAAGUUUUUAUACCCCACUGACGUCCUGCAAUUGCACCUUCCACAAAACAGGGGUAAUAAAAAGAAGGGAGCCAAUGACUGGGUCGAACUGCAUCUAGAAAAACGUUAUGCAUGGCAUUACCUUGGUUAAAGAAUUUAUAUAGUAUACUGUUCUUCCUCCGAGGAAGAACGUUGUAGAUCCCUCCUGGGCAAAAAUGGGUCUCUGAAAUGUUUCAGGCUUCCAUCUGAAGAGAUAUUUCAUUGCACAGAUUGUCAAAAAACAUUUUUUUAAAAAAAAUAUCCUCGAGGUAAGGAAGUCUUCCAUGGUAUAUAGGGCCAGAUCCAGGCCCGGUUCCCGGUGGUAGCUCCAGAUGGGAUUAUACUGUCCUCAUUUCCAUCAGGUGCGUCCUGUCAACUGAAAGGAGGAUAAAACAGGUUUUCAUAUCUGCUCUGAGGAAAAGAGAGAGGAGGAGGUGAAGAAUGAAUCUUCCUUGCUGAGUUGGGGUCAAAGUUUGUGACUGUUGUUAACAGAGUGAGACCACCUGCUACCUCUUUGUGUUAGAGACUUCCAAUUGUGCCACAAUUUGUAGGCGCAGGUCCAUGCUUUCCAGUAUGUGUCAAGAGCAGGGUAGGUCCCCCCCCACUGCUUUCCUCGGGGAAACCUGGCUGUUUACUGCUUCAUCUGAGAAAACGCCAAUCCACAGCAAACCCAGUUGACUUUUAUUGUGAUUCACAAUGGGACAAAAACAAAACAAAACCCUGCUUGGACCCAUGCCUACAGACUCUAGAUGAGCCCUUCCUAACCAUAAGAUGAGAGGGAAUUUAUUUCCUGCGUUUGUCAAAUAACUGAGGUGACCUGGGGCUUCCUAAGUAUUUUCUUCUCCCAUCCUCAGUGCUUCCUCUCCUGUUUAAAACAGACUGUGUAAAGUACUCUCUGCCUUUUACCUCAAAGAGGAUUUUUACCCUGAUUCCUGUGAAAAAAUAUGGAUAUUUUCUCCAGGGCUCAUUAAAAACAGAAGAAGAAAAAACUGAAACCAAAAUGGUGGCCCCUCAAAUUAUUUCGCCACUGGUGGCAUGACCUUUCUGCCAGGCACUCAGCUUACAACUCAGGACCUCAUUUUGGGACAAAGCAGGGAAAUUUCACACAAGCGGAAGAUGAGGUUCUUAAGCCACAACUGCUUGGUUCUCAAUGUGCUUCUGCAUACCCAGUUGCGGGGAAUCAGAAGUGGGGGGGGUGUUGUUGGUUUCAGGGCCCUCCUGCAGGCUUCCAGUGGGCACCUGGUUGGCUAGUUUGAAAACAGGAUGCUGGACUACAGGUAGAUGGGCCAUUGGCUUACAGGGUUCCUCUUGGUUUCUUACGUUCUUAAGUUGAUUAAAAGUAUAUUUAUUUGAAUGAGUAACAUUAGUUUAUAUGAGUUAAGUGGGGUACUGAUUUCGGCUAGCAGACUGUGUUCAGUGUUGGGAUCUCCGCUCGGCCAAGCCAAUAUGGCUCAUCUUCCUCCGAGUCCUUCGGGAAUCGCCCUCCUGACAAAUAAUUAACGACCUGAGCCUUUGAUAAGGCCCCAGGACGUUCUCCCAUUCAGCAGAGAAUCCAGCACAGGGAA